AUGGUGUCAAGCUGUAAGGUGUAUUGUGUGUUGCCUACACAUCAUAAUACAAGUUGUCAAUUUUAAAUUUACAUAACCUAAAAGCACAAAUCUUUAAUUUUUCUCAUGUACAAAUACACUAACUAAUUACAAUUAAUUGUUGUAAACACGAAUAAUUUUUCUUAAUAAACCACGUCACUAACAGCUGUUUUUAAAUAUAAAUCGAAAAGCAAAGAAAGCACUUUUGAGGUUAGGUUUGUGAGUGAUCGAAUCAAAACUUUGGUGAACUUGGAGCGCCAAAUCUGAAAGCCCCCUUGCAAAAAUUUGUCCCCACAUCAAUUUUUCUAUGGAAAACCACGUCAGACAGCACUGGCCACAAUCAACCCAUUUCAACUGCGAAAACAGCGCCAUUGAACUAUAUUUCUGCAAGGAUUGCAAUUUUCAAACCGAACUAACAAUUUUUUUGAAACAGCACGUCGAAAAAAGCCACAUCAUUAAACCGGAAAAUGUAGCAUUAAAUGUAGAUUACAAUAUUCAAACGUACGUGUGUAAAAAGUGCGCUUUUGAAACACACUCGGUGAUCAAAUUGCUUCAACAUAGUGUGCAGUGUCUAGACCAUAAUCAACCAAAUUCCGACAAGAAUAUUUGGUACACGUGCGACCACUGUGCCUACAAGUGCAAAUUUAAAUACUCCUUAAAAAUACACAAAAUUGCCAAACACGUCACCGACGACGAAAUUCAGUGGCAUCAGUGUCUGAAAUGUUCAUACAAAGCGAAAUUAAAGUUUCUUUUAAAGCGUCACAUAACCCGGCGCCAUUUAGACCAACAAGAUAUAAAAUGGUAUGAAUGCAAAAUGUGUCCGUAUAAAACUGAAAGAAAUCCGUUUUUGAAACGCCACAUAAGCAAGCACCACUCUGGUGAACCAUACAUUAAAUGGUAUGAAUGCACGCAGUGUCCAUACAAAGCUAAACAUAACUCACAUUUAACAGUCCACAUAAAUUUGCACCAUUUGGACGAAAAGGACAUUAAAUGGUAUGAAUGCAACAAGUGUUCAUACAGAGCUAAAGUUAAAGGAAAUUUAAAUCGGCACAUAAAUGCUCGACAUUUGAGCGAAAGCGAUAUUAAAUGGCACGAAUGCCCGCAUUGUCCGUAUAAAGCUAAAGAGCGAACGACUUUAAAUAAACACAUACGAGCGCGACAUUUAGAAGAAAAGGAUGUUAAAUGGCACGAAUGCAAACAUUGUCCUUAUAGAGCCAAAGAAACGACGACUUUAAAAGAACACAUGAAAGCGCGACAUUUAGACGACAAAGAUAUCAAAUGGUAUGAAUGUGAACAGUGUUCGUAUAAAGCUAAACAGAAAGAGCAGUUGAAACGGCACACGAUUUUGCGACAUUUGGAUGAACAGGAUAUUAAGUGGUACGAGUGCAACCAGUGCCCAUAUAAAGCUAAAGACAAGCUUUAUUUAAAAGAGCACGUGAUUGCGCGUCAUUUGGAUGAAAAGGAUAUUAGAUGGUAUGAGUGCAAGCAAUGUUCGUAUAAAGCUAAGUCGGCUUCUGCUUUGAAACAUCACAUAAAUAGGCUCCAUGUGGACGAAAAGGAUAUUAAGUGGUAUCAUUGUGAUCAGUGUCCGUAUAAAACUAAGACUAAGUAUGAUUUUAAAAAGCACAUGAAUAGGCGCAGUCAUAAGCGGAAUCGUUUAAAAGAGGAGGAUAUAGAUGUAAAAGACGAUGUCAUAGGGAUGGAUAUAAAUCCUAUUUGAAAUCUCUUGAAAAUCAAAGUCAAGACUUUGUUAGUGGUGAAAGAUGUUCACAGAAAUAUAAAUAUUCUCUGUUAUUUAGAAUUUUUUAGAUUGAGAAAUUUAAAAAAGUAAUAACUGAAGUAAUAAAAAAUGAACAAUGUUCCAACUGUGACAAUA